AUGGCCGCCGACGCUGAGGGGGCCCGAGGGGCCCUCAGCGAGCUGGUGGAGAAGAUCGCCAGCUAUGGGGCAGCUCCCCGCUAUGGGGUGGUGACGUUCGGCUCCGAGGCUCGGGUGGAGCUGAGCCCCAGCGACCCCCAGGCCGGGGAGAGCGCCUGGGUCCGGCAGCGGCUGCGGGAGCUCCGGAGCGAUGCCCACUCCCAGGCCCCCGGAACGAACCUGGCCGGGGCUCUCCGCGCCGUUUACGCGCUGCUGGUGCAGCAGGAACGGGAGGAGCAGCUCCGGGGGCUGCGACCCCCGCCCGUCACCAACAGCACCCGACACGUCAUCGUCAUCAUGAGCGACGACGUUUACGCCUUCGGGCUGGGCGAGGACGCUCACGCCGAGACGCUGAACGCGCUGGCGUCGCACAAGGCGGGGGAGCAGCACCUCUUCUUCCUCAGGGACACCGAGGACCUGCAGGAGGUGUUCCACCGCAUGAUCGACGAGAGCUCCACGCUGGGGCUGUGCGGGGUCAGCCUCGAGUUCGCCCGCGCCGAGGACAGAGAGAGAAACCCCUGGGAGGUGACGGUGACAGUGACGAGGCCGGGGCGGGGCCAGGAGCGCUGCCAGGGCUCGCUGGUGUCCCCUCACUUCGUGCUCAGCGCCGCUCACUGCUUCACCUCCAGUGACCAGCCCGGCCGGCUCAGCGUGGACAUCGGUCCCCGGGAGCGCCGCGGGGUGUCGGGGCUGUUCCUGCACCCCGAGUUCAGCCCCGGCGCUCGGCGCCACCGCGGCGUCCCCGAGUUCUACGACUACGACGUGGCCCUGCUGCAGCUGGAGCGCCGGCUGCUGCUGCCCCCCAAGAACGUGGAGGCGUUUUUCCUGUCCCCGCGCGGCUCCGCGGGGCUGCAGAGGCAGAAGGUGCUGCUCAAGCUGGGGGACCAGCGCGCCCCGUGCGAGGCCGACGCCCUCCGGGCCCCGCCCUACGCCAACGUCACCGCCCUGAGCGACGUCGUCACCCCCCGGUUCCUGUGCUCGGGGGGCCACGAGCCCCAGGUGGACCCCAACGCCUGGCCCGGUGACUCCGGUGGCCCCGUCGUUGUCACCUGGGGGAAGCGACACUUCCAGGUGGGCGUGGUCAGCUGGGGCGUGGUUCCCGUGUGCCGGCAGUGCCGAGCUCCGGCGUUCGCCCGCGAUUUCCACCUGAGCCUGUUCGAGGUCCUGCCCUGGCUGAGGGAGCGGCUGCAGGACGAGGACCUGGGGUUCCUGCCCUGAGAGCACCUGGGGACAC